AAAAAAAAAAAAGAGGAUGAGUAACUUCUAUCUAACCUCAUCAUCUACGGCCACUGAUACCUUCUAUGGCCUCUCUACUACCAUUCUCCCUCCUCAAACCCACUACAAUCUGCAAAGCCUCAUCAACCGCCGCACCACCGGCUGCUCUCGUUGAGUCUCUCAACGACCAGUUUGCAAGAAAAGGCAUAAACUUUUUGGAAUCAACUGAUACAAGUACAAAUAUCAGCAGUCCCAUUGUUGAGCUUAGUGUUAGAAAUGGAAGCUCAUUAAAGCUGCAACUAUCCAAUGCUCAUGUUACCUCAUAUAAGCCUAAAGUAUACUGGAAAGACGACGGUUUUGAAGAGGUUUUAUACACACUUCCACUAUCCAAAGGUGGAAUUGGCUUAGUGCUUAAUGAUGUGACUCAACCUGUUACAACAACUAAGAAACCUGAUCCUUUCAGAAGGUCUGAACCUGCUGCUGCUGCUGCCGCUAAAGGGUCACUGCUUGCAGGAGCUGAAUGGUCUGUCAGAGAUGUUGAUUCUGAUUCUUUUGAUGCUGUCCAGGUUGAAUUGAGUUGCACCAGUGGAAGUCUUGAAAUAACAUAUGUAGUAUCAUUGUAUCCUGAAAGUAUGGCAUCAGCAGUUCUUGUGAAAAACAAUGGGAACAAGGCGAUAGGUCUUACAAGUGCAAUACUGAGCCAUAUCCAAUUCAAAAAACGUUCAGGCUCGGGAAUACAAGGACUGCAAGGUUGCUCUUAUUGUUCCCACCCUCCUUUAUCUUCACCCUUUGAAAUUGUUUCUCCGGCUGAGGCCAUGAAAGCUGAGGACCCCGGCAUGUUCUCAUUCAGUUCUGAAUCUCCUAGCAAGCUUGGUGAAUGGACUACGCAAGAAGUGCCUAUUACCAUUUUGAAAAAUAAGUUGAGCAGGGUUUAUACAGCUCCUCCUUCAGAGAGAUCAAAGAAAUUCUACAGAACAACACCAUCAAAAUAUGAGACGGUUGAUCAGGGAAGGGAGCUUGUGUUUCGGGUGAUAAGAAUGGGUUAUGAUGACAUAUUGGUGUCAAGUCCUGGAUCUUUAUCAGAAAAAUAUGGCAGGGAUUACUUCAUCUGCACUGGCCCUGCUUCAAUCUUGGUACCAGUCACUGUCAACCCAGGAGAGGAGUGGAGAGGGGCGCAGGUUAUCGAGCAUGAUAAUCUUACAUAACUUAUAAUUACGUACAUCCCACUGUAAUUAAAGAUGUGUCAUUGUAACACCAUUUAUCACGUUCAACAUAUACUGGCUUCAUAAAUCAUUUAUCCAUGUGACUUUGUGGAA